CCGGAGCAGAACAGAGCAGAGCACGUGCAGCCGUGCUGUCAUAGUGCGCCGGAAUGCACGAGUUCACUCACACACACACACACACGCACGCGCACACACACAGCUGCUUUUCAGUAAGAACCAAUUCAGCUGAGAAGAUCACGAUGGACGCUGUGGAUCCCGUUCAACACUACCUGGGUAACGCCAUCGAGAUGAAUAGACAGCUCCAUGUCUGUGUGCAGAGGAAGCAGGAGGAGAUCUCAGCCCUAAAGGAGAGGAACGCUCAGCUGAAGGAGCUGGUCAAAGAGGCUGAGAUUUACGCUGCUGUACUGGACGCCUUCACACCGCAGCCUGAGAACACCUCAGAGUGCGUCUCACACCCAGCUUCAGAUUUCACACCACACUCGGACUCAUAUUCCGCGAGUACGGACCUGUCUGAAUGGGAUUUCGGUGCAGCUCUAGAGCCAUCUUGGCUCGAGUCUCUUCUCAGUCACACACCGCCAGAGGAGGAAGAGGAGUGGUCACAGAGAAUCCAGUCUGAACACACCAACACAGGAGUGAAGAGACAAUUAUGGCCGAGUGACGUCGAGUGCAGCAGCGCUGAUAGUCCUGCAAAGUGUCCGGACAAAAAAUCUAGACUAGACCAAGAGUUUCUUGACCUAUCAGAACAUCAUUCAUCUGAACACCUGGGUUCUGAGACGGUGCAGGUUUUCGGAUCCUUCCGCGGCUUACGGGUUUUGAAGGCCACACCCUCUGCGACCUCUGACCUCCGGAGAGAGGGUAGGUGUUCGGUUUUUAAGACGUCCAUCAGAGAGCACAGCACGGUCCGGACCAGAGUUUUCCGUCACGGCAAAACGUUCACAUCACACACACCUGACGGAGGCUGCAGGUUCCUCUGGAUUCCUCUGGAACAGAACUGAAAGACUUCCUCUAUUCUUGUUUUAGAUAGUCUGUGAGUGUAAAACAUGUGUAGAUUGAACAACAUGAAAGCUAAUAGGAUCUGCUGAUGAUUGUGCCUUUCACGUAUGUAUAUGUUCGGUUUUGUGCAUUUGCCUUAUUAAAUUUAUAGCUGCAAGUGCAAAAUACUACGGAAGCCCUUAUGGGCCUGCAUUAUUAUUAUUGUUUUCUUUCUUGUUUUCUCAUGAUCACGACUUAAUUUUCUCGUGAUCUCGAUAUAACAAGUUGUUUUCUCAUGAUAUAGACAUAACAAAAGUUGUUUUCUCAUUAUCUCAACAUAAAAUAGUUGUUUUUUCGGUCUCUCGACUUAAUUUCCCCGUGAUCUCGACAUAACACGACAAAAAUACGGAAGUCCUAAGAGGCCGUGCAUUAUUAUUCUUUUGUCUUUCUUGUUUUCUCAUGAUCUUGACAUAAAAAGCUGUUUUCUCAUACCGUCACGUUACCACAAGAAAAUCUCACGCCUUGUGAGUGGGACUGGUAUUGCAUGCGCGUCGUUGUCCUCGUCCUCGCCAUCAUAAAUGUAAUAAUUGCCCGUUGUAGAGAUGGACUUGUAGAGACAGGCGUGUCCCAUUCUGAAGCGUCGGACACUGUGACUUCCACAGAUCACUGAGAAAGAGAGCUGUUUCAACUUGAGUGAGUCCCUGAUCAAAGUAAAAACAAAUCUGGUCAUCCGUGCUGCCUCCAGAACAAUAAAAACAACGUUGUUAUGUCAAGAUCACAAAAAUGAAGUCGUUAUCACAAGAAAAUAAGAAAGAAAAAAAAAAAAUCAUGCAUGGUCUCUUAAGGUUUCUAUAAAAUACACGGUCGUUCAUUCAUUUAUAAAAAAAAAAAUUGUAAUUGUUGGCAAAGGGCUGUGGUAUAAGAGGAAUAAACCACGUGUUGUUAUUGGAAAAUAAUCAGUUUUGGGGUGGUAACAGUAACUAGUCUUUUCAUCAUGCCGCAUCACGCCACCCUGUCAUUAAUUAUUACCCUAAAACAGCACACCUCCAAAUGUUUUAUUCUUUACAUAACAGCACAGCCAUCUAUCUGUGGUAACGUGUGUAUAAACGGAAAAUCCAUCCACGUUA